GUCGUCGUGGCCUAAUGGAUAAGACGUCCGGUACAUUCGUGUUGAGCGAUGCACCGGUGUUCGAAUCCCGCAGGCGGAUACCAAUUUUUCUAAUGAAAUACGUACUCAACAAAUGUUCACGAUUGAUUUCCACGGUGAAGGAAUAACAUCGUGUAAUAAAAAUGAAACCCGCAAAAUUAUAAUUUGCGUAAUUACCGGUGGUAGGACCUCUUGUGAGUCCGCGCAGGUGGGUACCACCACCCCGCCUAUUUCUGCCGUGAAGCAGUAAUGCGUUUCGGUUUGAAGGUGGGGCAGCCGUUGUAACUAUACCUGAGACCUUAGAACUUAUACUCAAGGUGGGUGGCGUAUUUACGUUGUGGAUGUCUAUGGGCUCCAGUAACCACUUAACACCAGGUGGGCUGUGAGCUCGUCCACCCACCUAAGCAAUAAAAAAAAAAAAAAAAAACCAGUAAGCCUUCCAAAACCAAGCACCUUUCUUACUACUGUAUAUCGAUUAGCUCAGAGCUCCUCUAGAGGGUUUGGACUCAUAAGCUCGAAGUCUCACCGUCCCAUCCACUGCUCACUACCACCAGCUAGCAUUACUUCAAUUUCAAACGAAAAUCCAUUCUAUAAAACUAUAAAGCUUUAGCGGAAUUUUAAGAGAGCUAAUGUCUAAUUCUAGAUCGUUCUAGAUUUGAAGACAUCAGACACGUGUCGAGUUUAUUAAUAGAGAAUCUAUUAAUAAAUUCUACUAUAAGCACUGUCACUGCGGUACCACUUAUCAACAAUUUACAUAAUGAUUUGAGGAAAAAACCGAACAUAAUAAAGAUUUAAAUUCCAAAUAUUUCAACUUACAGACAACUGGUUUGUCUUUCUAUUCCAAGAAGCUUGAGAUGCAUAUAUAUGUGAUAUAUAUAAAAAAUUGCAUUUAAAUUAAAUUAUUAAACAAUUAAUUCGAUUUAUAUCAAUUUAGCAAUAAAAAUUGCGAGUGACAACACGUCGAGCGGUUUAAUUAAAAAAUUAUCUCGAUAGGUUAUCGUUUCUUGAAAUAUAUAACAUUACAUAAAACUAUAAGCUACUUUGUGCGUCUGAUAACCUCAUCAAUAGGUCAAUUAACACUAAAAAUUGUCCGUCGGAACGAUCAGUCUGCAUUCACACUUCGUACAAGCAAUACGUCUUUGUAAAUCUUAAAAAUAAAAAAUAACAAAAAAUAAAAAGGAAAAUUUCAAAAAAAAAAUAUUCCAGAUUUGAAUGAUAUAAACAUGGCCGCCGUUAACGGAAAAGAUUUGAACUCGGAAGCGGCAGUGCCGCCAUCUUCGCUGAUACGUCGCGUCAGUUCGCGAUCCAUACGUAAUUCGAUAUCCGAGGAGAAAGAGAACGGUGACGCUCCUCAGAAGGGCUCGUUCGUUGGUAAAUACAAAAAAGCUCCAGAAGCCCUGAAGAGCUUUAACUUGGCCGAUGCGGAAAGUGAACUUGAAGUGCCCGGAACGCCAAUGACGCCGAGGACUUCGACCACGCCUGGUCACGAGAACUGCACCUUCCACCAUGACCUGGAACUGGACCACAGACCGCCCACCAGGGAGGCGUUGUUACCGGACAUGGCUAACUCAUACAGGCUUCUACUCACCGGCCUGGGGGAGGACCCUGAAAGGGCAGGGCUCUUGAAGACGCCCGAACGUGCCGCCAAAGCUAUGCUCUUCUUCACGAAAGGAUACGACCAAAGCUUGGAAGAGGUUCUGAACAACGCCAUCUUCGAUGAAGACACGGACGAGAUGGUGGUCGUUAAGGAUAUCGAGAUGUUUUCAAUGUGCGAACAUCAUCUGGUGCCGUUUUACGGAAAGGUCUCCAUCGGGUACCUGCCACAAGGAAAAAUUCUGGGUCUCAGCAAACUGGCCAGGAUCGUGGAAAUAUUCUCCCGCCGUCUUCAGGUACAAGAACGUCUGACGAAGCAGAUAGCCAUCGCGGUGACACAGGCCGUACGCCCGGCCGGCGUGGCGGUCGUCAUUGAAGGAGUUCACAUGUGCAUGGUGAUGCGAGGAGUCCAGAAGAUCAACAGUAAGACGGUGACGUCGACGAUGCUGGGCGUCUUCCGCGACGACCCGAAGACCCGGGAGGAGUUCCUCAACCUCGUCCACUCUAAGUGAGGACGGCUUUUGACGUUGGACGGGCGCUCGUAACGUUAUUCCCAUGAUUUUAGUCAUAUUUGAUUAGAUUUUCAAAGAGGUUAAUUGCCGCGAAUUGAAAAGUGCCCGAUACAUUUUUCGGGUUGCUUCAGAACUAAGAUAUCCUGAUAUUGCGUUCUAUUAGAAACAAGUAUAACACAUCGGCAUUAACCCUUUUUUGUAUAUUUGUUUCUUUCUUUUUCCAUUUAACCCUCUCUUUCUUAUUUUAGCAGUGCAUCUGUCUCUAAUAUUAAUUUUAAAUCAAACACACACGAGAAUCAAUUCGUUACGAGCGUCAGUCAUUAAGCGGAAUGUGUUAUUAUUUAUGCUAAGAUAGCUUUUAAUGUAAUUUUCGAUUGUUUUAUUUUUAAUUUUGUCUUCCGUUCAUCGACAAGAGAUUUCAUUCACAAUCCUAUCACCUACACAAAAUGUUAAGGCGGCUUCGAACUAAAAAAGUAUUACUCGUGAGUUGAUAACUAGAUUUAUUAAGCUCACAAAGGACAAUACUAUAAUAUUUGUUACUUUGUAUUUCGUAUAACCAGAGUUUAGUGUUGCGAAGAUCCCGGAGAUUUCGUUAACAUUCCCGGCGUCCCAUCGACUUCAUGAACACGAUUAUCGUAUAUUUAAACAGUCGUUUUCGUUAUCCCCGACGCUCAAUACACUAUGUCAGGGGCUCCCAAACUUAUUUUGUUUACUACCCACUUUAAGAAUAAAUUAUUUUUUUAACCUCCCCAUUUUUUCAUUUAUUUAAAAAUCACUACAGCGAAAGCUCAGUCGAUGUCUAAGACUCCUCUUAGAUGAAAUUACAAAUCACCUCCCAAGUCUCUACACAACGCCCCCGUUUGUUUUCUGGAUCUCUUACCGCCCUCUUUAGGCCUGCUGUGCCCACAAGGGGGCGUUAUCGCACACUUUGGGAAAGGCUGCACUAUGUUCGAGGUCUCCUCUGUAAUGACGUCACACGGCUAAAUGGGAAGACGGUGGACAAAAAUGAGCCAAGAUUAAAAACGCAGUAGGAUCCGCUGAUAUGGCUCGGCGAGUUAUGACGUCACGUGCGUCACUACACAGACAGCUUGUUCGCCUAAAUACAGUAUUGUAGAAUCACUCAAAUAUAUCCACUGCUUACAUUGAAACCUAAGGUUAUUUUGUAUUCGGAUAUAAAAUAUACUGCAACCGACUCAUGCCUCGAAGUGAACUGAUGUUUUGCAUUAUUGCCCCUUAACAUCAGUUCUAAUAAAACAUAAGAAAACAGUUGAUUAAAAAAAAAAUUAAAAGUUUAAAAAUAUAAAAAAAA